UGCCGUGGAGGACAGGUGUUUAGCGCGUUAACCGCAUUUGCUUGUUGUUGGGUUAACAAACAAUCGCGGCCCGAUAUGGCAUAGCACGUGGCCUUAUAUAAAGAGAGAGAGCCGAUUAUUACUCGAUAAUUAACGGCGUGAAGUCCGGAUACAUCAAAUUUACUACAUACAACACAAUAUCACAGUUCGUCAUGAACUUUGGUCAAAUGGUUUUCAGAGUACCAGCUUUAAUCAUAACGUAUUUUAUAAUAUUUCAAAUACAAUUGAUUCGCGCUCAGCCUAGCCAACUGAAACGAUUGUCCAUUUUACCGUUCACCGAAAUAUUUGCUAGUCUACCGGAAGGAACAAAGCAAAUUUCACUAAAAGCUUUCAACCAAAAUGCAAGCACAAAAGUCAAAGCACCAAAAAGCUUUCCGCAUUGUACGAAAAGCCAGCAUUUAUCAAAUCCAUGGAAAAGCUCCGAGCUGAAUCGGAACUCUGGCACAGUGGUUGCUCAACAGCGCAAACGUCGCAGUGUAUUUCACAUCCGUUGGAACCCUAAUGAAAAAUAUGUGGUAGAGAGUCGUGAGAAACCAGCAAUAAACUCUUCAAAACUUUCGCCACAUCCACGCCUUAAGCUAUCAAAAAAUACUAAACUUACAUUUAAUCCGAAAUUAUUUAUGUGCCAUGAUAAACAUUUGGAGAAAUGCCAGAAUAAAACUGCGAACUUCCGUCAACACAUAAUUCACAUUUUUGAAAGAUCACUAAUUGAUCUAAAAAAUGAGCCCAAUUUCUACAACGUACACUACACACCUGUAUUUGCAAGUAGUUUCGAAGAACAGUACUAUCCAUCAGCUUGCCUACUCAUGGAUGCUGGGGUUAAAAUAUUACGUCGAAGAGACCCUCCUUUUCACAACUUGGAAAUCGGAAAGCUAUUCCCUAAACAAAAAUUAUUUCGAAAAAUAAAUGAUAUUAAGACAUGCGCAAUUGUAUCGAGUGCUGGAUCGCUUUCCGGUGCAAAAUUGGGAAGAUUUAUUGAUUCCCAUGACAUAGUGAUGCGAUUUAAUGAUGCCCCCACCAUUGGAUAUGAAAUAGACGUUGGUAGCAAAACUACAAUUAGAGUAUUAAACUCUCAGGUCGUUACUAAGCCUCAAUUCAAUUUUACACACGCAUCUAUAUUUCAAAAUGUUACAAUUGCUGCCUGGGAUCCGGGCAAGUAUAACACCUCGUUAAGUGAAUGGAGUAGAACUGCCGACUAUGACUUAUUUACCAACUACAAGUUAUAUCGACACAGCUAUCCAAAGUCGAGAGCAUUUCUUAUUGACCCUCAUUCGGUAUGGCGUCUUUGGCAAAGUUUACAAACUUUUGUUGGAAGUCGCCCCAUUCGUAGAAAUCCACCAAGCUCAGGCUUCAUAGGACUCGCUUUGUUAUUGCCUUAUUGUCCACAUAUAGAUUUUAUCGAAUAUAUACCUUCAACUCGUCUAAAUGGUCGAUGUCACUACUAUAGUAAAGAGAUGAAUUCGGCUUGUACUUUCGGUGCAUGGCAUCCAUUGGCUGCUGAAAAAUUGAUGGCUCUGGAUAUGAAUUUAGCAGAUGAUAUAUCCGUUUACCAACAUGGAAUUUUACGCAUUCGCCGACCAGAUAAAUUACUUUGCGGAUUUAAUUUUUUGGGAUAUUAAGAGAAGGGUCAAUUUAGCCAACAAUAAAUUGUCUUCAAAAUUUUAGCAGAAUUAAUACUGAUUAAAAUGUGUGUACUUUCAACAAUUGAAACAGACCAUCGGAUAUAGAACGGAGGCACUGAAUGGAUACAGCGUGAGUUUCUUUGGUUUUUCGGAAAAAGAAAAUAACAGAAGCUAACACCAAUCAUAACUUCGUUUGAAUAUUCUUAAAAUCAUAUUAGUACUCUAAUUCAGCAACAUUUAUUCAUUAUAUUUCAUUAUUAUUAAAUAAACUAAAGUUAAAUGAA